CUCGGCUGUUUCCGGCCGCCCCGCUCCGGCCCCGCUCGGCUGUUUCCGGCCGCCCGCCGAGCCGUGCCCAUGUCGGACGCGCUCUCCGCCGCCGCCGGCUGCCGCUCCGAGCCCCCGGGCGGCGACACCGCGCCCCGGGGCCCCGCAGAAAAUGAAGACUCAGCCCAAAGGACAGAGCCUGCAGAUCAGCUAGUUGAUUCUUUGGAGUCCAGUACUUCGCAGAGCGGGUCACAGCCUGGGGCAUACCUGAGGGCAGACUCAACAGAGCAUUCAAAGGAAGAAAUUGGCACUCUGAGGGACCAGAAAGUGGCUGUAGUAGAAGAGAAGCUGCCUGACCAAAUCCAGUCUCUCAAAAAGGAAGCUGUUCGAUUAACCAACUACCAUGUACCUCAGGGAGUAGGGGAUAUAGUCAUGAUUCAGUCAGACCACACUGGUGCUGUGGAUAUCCUUUCAGCUGAGCUAGAGACUGCAGACCUCCUUGGGGAGCAGAGAAAAGCUCAACCUCCACCUCUGGCUGCACCCACCAUGUGGACCACUGAGAAGAUGAAGGAAUUCAAAGCCAAGAUGGGAAAGGAGAAGAAUGGCCGGAUGGUGGUGAAGCGAGGCGAGGUGGUGACAGUGCGUGUGCCAACCCAUCCUGAUGGGAAAUGCAUUUGCUGGGAGUUUGCUACGGAUGACUACGACAUUGGGUUUGGAGUCUAUUUUGACUGGACCACAGUUACUAGCACUGCCAUUACUGUUCAGGUCAGUGAAUCCAGUGAUGAGGAGGAUGAAGAGGAGGAUGAGGAACUUGAAGGACUGUCCCCUGUAGGUGAUGUGGAACGGGGUUCCAAAAGCUACCUGCGGAACCGCUAUGGAGAGAUCCUGCCUGUGUACCGCAGGAACAGCCAUCGGGAGGUACAGGCAGGCAGCCACGAGUACCCGGGCGAGGGCAUCUACCUGCUCAAGUUUGAUAACUCGUACUCUCUGCUCCGCAACAAGACUCUGUUCUUUCACAUCUACUACACUAGCUGAAGAAGAGGGGAGGGGCAAGGAUGGCAGGCAGGUAAUGGUGAGGGUAGCAGGCUGCCACCCAGCCCUGGUACUGCCUGACGGGCACUGCUGUGUGACAGAACCAGGCGCAAUUCUGCCAGCUCUUCUUUGGACAUGAACUGGUUUCUUCCUGCACCCUUCUUCCCCACUGUCUCAGGGGAGAAAGGUAGUUGUGACUGCCUGGUUGUUCCCAGACAGCUGCUCUUUCUCUAAAACUUUGGGAGGUCUGCUCCAUGCAGGCAUUGGGCUGGGCCUUCAAGUCAUAGCUGGCAAUUGCUCAGAAGUCACAUUCAGGUGGUUGUGGUUCUGAUCUGUUGUGCUGGUACAAAAUGAAGUGAAAAUAAUGUUACUAUUUUGUGAAUAACUUUUCCAACUCUCCUGCUGCAUCUGCAUCACUAGAGGGCAGCUGUUAGCUUCAGUGAGCCAGAAGCACAGCUGGCCCAUCACCUACCAUCGCUACAGUCACCAGCAGUCAGUGCUUCCUUCACUCACACGAGUGGUGGGGAGUGCUGCUGGCCAGCAGCAGCCCAUGCUGCAGUGGCUUGGCAGUGCUACAGCUUGUCAAUGCAGUUUGUCAGCUGCUAUUGCUGUUGCAAAGGUAUUUUUGGGAAGUUCCUUGGCAUGUUUUGGUGACUAGUGAUGGUAUUAGUUAUCACCUUCUGCUUAAGCAGUGGCUGAGUUGAACAAGGAGAAGUUAAUCCAUCAGAGAUGAAUUUUAAGACAUGUUUAUUUGUAACUGUUGUUUAUUUUAAUACUUUUAACUUCGUUCUCUUUUCUAAGAAUACUGCUGUAUUUACAUUUUGAUACCUCUUUGCAGAGACACAAAAUGAUUUUUCCAUGGUGAUACUAGAAAAGUUCUGAGUUUUAUUUUUAAAUCAUCCAGGUAAAGCGCCUCUACUUGGUCCAUUCCUUCUAUUGACAGGAAAUGACGGACAGAAUUAUUUGGGGUAGCUAAAGCCAAAGAUUUUGCUCUCAUAGAAGGGCUGCAUAUUUCCUACUAAGGGUAUAUUGUAAUGCUGUACAAUUUGCUCUAUAUUCAAGCUUACUUUUAGCUAUCUCUGCUUACUGAUUCACUGCUCCAGAGCACUUAGUAGGCCAAAAUGGUAAGAGAGGAAGCAGUCAGUCUACAACAGAGCAGCCCAAGCUGGGAGCAGGAGGAGUGGAUUGGAAGAGCACUGCUUGGAGCACAGUGGCUUUCUGGAGGAGUCGGCAAGGAGCAGAGUUGUUGCUGCUUUGGGCCCUGAGAAGGGGAGAAAACAGUCACCUUUCUCAAAAGAGAGUGUGUCCAUCAGGGUUGGGGGGAACUGCAAAGCUGUUUUAUUCAAGCAGGUCGAGCACAGGGAGACAGAACAGUAGGGCUUGGUAUCUGUCAGAGCAAGAUGCUCUCUCAGUUAGCAGCUUGGAGAGGGCUGUUCCUUCCUUUAACCUGUCAUGGAUGAAAUGAAGAACCAUACUGUGGCCUUUCUACAGCACUUGAAUCAGGCCUGAGAAAUUUAGUUAAGGUGUUUGGGUUUUUUCUUCCUUUGGAAAAAAACCCACUUGAUCACCUAUCAAGUCCCUAGAUAUUGCUGAUAGAGUGACACACUUCACUUCUAACAGAGAAAUAAUAGUAGCUGAUAUAAAACACCAAUUUUACAACAUUUCAUAGUUGGUGUGUUGUGUAUAGACUAGGGAAUGAGAGGCUGGAGAGCAGCAGUGCAGAAAGGGACCAGAGGAUCCUGGUUGAUGGGAAGUUGAACAUGAGCCAGGCAGUGCCCUGGCAGCCAGGGUUGCAUCAGGCACAGCAUUGCUAGCCAGGCAAGGGAGGGGAUUGUCCUGCUCUGAACUGCACUGAGGCAGCCUCACCUCCAGUGCUGGGGCAGUUUUCAGCACCACAAUAUAAAAAAGACAUUAAGCCAUUAAAGACCAUCCAAAGGAGGGCCACGAGGAUGGUGAUGAGUCUGGAGGAGAAGCCAUGUGAGGAGUGGCUGAGGUCACUUGGUCUGUUCAGGCUGGAGAAGAAGAGACUGAAGGGAAACCUCAUUGCAGUUAUAACUUCCUCACAAGGGGCAGGCACUGAUCUUUUCAAUCUUGUGACCAGUGACAGGACUCAAGGAAAUGGCCUGAAGCUGAGUCACAGGAGGUUUAGGUUGGGUAUAAGGGAAAAGUUUUUCACCCAGAUGGUGGUUGAGCACUGGAACAGGCUCCCCAGGGACGUGAUCACAGCACCAAGCCUGACAGAGUUCAAGGAGUGUUUGGACAACGCUCUCAGGCACCUGCUCUGAUUGUUGGGGUGUCCUGAGACAGGAGCUGGACUCAAUGAUCAUGAUGGGCCUCUUCCAACUCAACAUAUUCUAUGAUUCUAUGAAUCUUUUGUACUGAGUCACUGGAAAACACCUUAAAACCAUUUAUGAUCACACAGAAAACACUAUGGGCCAAUGCCAGAAGAAAAGCUGCACAUAAAAUACAGAAGUUGGUCAUGUCCCAAAGCAGUAAGAUCAGCCACAUACAUGUGUGGUCAAUGCCAAGGUUCUUUAGGCUGUUCUGCAGUCUCUGGGAAACUUGGUGGUGUUGAAACUCAGUGGUGAAGUUCUGCAGGACUGUUGAAGGAAAUAAAAAAUAGGAAUUACAUUUUUCUUAGAGGUUUCACUAGGUUGUUCCUUGAAUUAUUUUUUUACAUUGUUAAUUUGGAAAAAAUACUUUUGUUCAUCACUCAGUGCUUGUCAAGGAAGUGUUUUUGUAAAAGGGGGUACAAGCUUAAGUCAAUCUGUGAACUCCAAAUUGUCCAAAUUCCAAGUUUAUGGAAUUUCACUUAAAUCCAUUACCUAAAGACUGCAUCAGGUAGAAUCUUACAGUAGAGGAUUAGAUUAAUAAUUUUCUUCAAACAGAUGAUGUAGGAAGUAAAAGAUACCAACAACAGGGAAAUGGCAAAUUUAUUUAGUAAAUGCUUUAACAAGACAAGCCAGUCUCUGAAAAUAAAGUCAGUGCUGGAAUUAACUGUCCCAAAUUGUCAGGAAAUGUGACUAUACUUCUUUUCCAGCUUCAGUGGUUCUUACAAGAAAGAGGGAAAAGGGUCUGUAUCAUUACAAAUUAUGGUCUAUCCAUCGGAUACAAACUAUAAUUCAUAUAUCCAUCUGAUACACACAGUAAUUCACAUUCAGACAGAAAUUUCAGAAAUUCUCAAAAAUCUCCAGACACUUCAUGCCUUUGGACUCAAAAAAGUGUUCAAAUAACUGGUUUUAAGAAAUGAGAUUUUUUUUUCAUGGGCUGUUUUAUAAAAUAAAUGAACAUUUCAUUAAAAGUUUAUUGAAACUAUCAUUGCUAAUAAAAUCUGAAUUAUUGAAGCCUCUAGAAACACUCUAAACACAGUAACAGUUUCAUUAUAUUUUGCACAAAUACUCAUACCCAUAUGGUAAAGUAAUUCCUUAAAAAGCUGAUAACCAAAUCCAGCAGUAGCAGUUCGGUAUUAUAAAGACACUUCUGCAGCUCUGGCCACCUGAGUUACUCAUCACAUUCUGCAAUUUACAGUAUUCUUUCAUGACAGCUUCUGCUUUAAAGGAUAGUUGAGUUAAAAAAGCAAAUCGCAAGCAAAUACAUUAGGGGAUUUUACUCCCCUACCCUUUUAAAGUAUUGGUUUGUGAAUAAUGAAAGUUAUUGAUUAAAAAUGUGACAAAGAGAUUCAUGAAGCAUUGAUCAGAUAGCAGGCAUCAGUCAUGUCAGUCAGCUCACACACAUACGGUACAAAAUGGACAGACAAGGCCUGUAAAGCAGGGCUGUGCCAGGAGCAUCAGAAAUGAUCAUGGCAUGGCUGCAACGUGUGACUCCUGCAGUACUCAGGGAGUGCAGAACGCCUGUGCCUCCUGAAGCACUGCAGGCAGCAGUAACUGGAGCAUGCCCAGUUCUCCCCACAAGUUCUAAAGGCUCUUAUCCUGCACUCAGGUCAGUGCUGUGAUCCAGGUGUAACCCAUCUCCUGCACACACGGCAACACAGGUACAGCACCCCAGCACGUGUAACCUGUCUCCCACACAACCCUGCAGGUACAGCAACCUGGUCUAGUUGAAGGUGUCACUGCCCAUGGGAAAGCAGUUGGAACUCAAUGAUAUCCAAGAUCCUUUUCCAAUCCAAACCAUUCUAUGAUUUUAUGAGUAAAUGUGACAAUAGUUUAACAAGAUAUGAUGGCAAUGCAUAUUUAACUAUAUUGCAUAGAGGACAGGGUCAGACAAAACUGUCAGGGAGACCCUCUGCUGAGUUGUGAGGUUCAGAAAGGAUCCCCUUAUUUUUUAAACUCCUUUUUUGAGGGGAAUUUAGGUGUGUCUGGGUCCAGCCUUAGUCCCAGACUUGGCUGGUAGUUUACAUCUUAAGGAUUAUGUGCACAGUCAAUCCUGUAUCUCACUUAGCUGAGAUUUCAAAGUUUUGUAUGCUGUUAAGUACUUUGUGAGAACUUCUGAGCAAGGAAUCUCUCAGCCUCAAGAGUUAACCCUAAGAAGCAUCCCUAAUUGAGUGGAGAUCCUGGGGCACAGCCGAGUGCCAUGCAGGAGAGGGUAACAGGCCCUGGGCUGUCCACUCGAGUAAAAUGAUUGACUUACUGUCAUAUUUCCAUACAGCCUGUAUUUUGGGUUUCCUUGUGCCCAACUGACCCUAAGCUGUUGAACAAGACUUUUGGCCUUUAACCAUUGUGUUCUUAUCUGUCUUCUCAGAGUCAAGCUUAAGCCAGAUACAGUCCUCCCACCCACCACUGGUGGCUGGCUAUUGCUCAAGCAGAAGUGGGAGGGGAGAGCACACUGUCACCAGAGGCACUAAACAGAAGAAGGUGGAAUAGACCCUUCAGUCUGACCACAAUGUCAGCAUUGCCCCACUCAGUGAUUGCUGUUGGUCCUUGGCUGUGAGAUCUGCAGAAUCCUCUCUGUGUGUGCUGGUUAACACAUGAUGUGCUAUUUGGCACGUACUUCACUUUCUAGUUAGGAUUUAUUUAUCUUGAAGGGAAUUCUGACCUGUAUAUACAUGAGAUAUUCCAGAAUUACUGAUCCUCAGCUGCACAGUUUGUUGCAUGGUAGUGGGUUAUCUCAAUUUAAAACUAUACAGUGGUUUUGAUCACAAAACCUGCCUUACAAUCAGUUUUGAUCACUUGCUAAGACAUAGAUAGUAUGUCCCAGUUUUCAAGCCAUUAGUUAAUGGUUUUUGUUAAGAUAAAUGGCACUGUAGAUGGCAAACCUAUUGUUCAGUUCUUGCUUUCUGAAGUGUGGACCAAUCUUUAAUAAGGCUUGGAUCACUCUUUUGGGACUGUGCCCAUCUACCUGGUCCCAUUGACGUAAGCCCAAAAACAGCAUUGAAUGGGGAAUGUCAUUGCAAAGAGGAUGUGCCCAGCCUGCAAAUGCAGCCUGCCCACAGACAGGCCUGCUGCAGUGGAACUGAAAGUAUUUGGUGUGUGUUAUUUCACUGCUUGAGUUUCCCAAAAGUAUCUGGUAUCCUUUAUGAACACAAGAUAGUUUUAGGAAUAUUUAAUCUUCAGGAAAGCUUCACUGUUGUACAGGAUAAUUCUUCUUUUUGUUUAUUUUCUUAUAUUUCCACAUUAUACAAGUAUGUUGUUUCUCAGGUAUUCGACUAGCAUUAUCAAAGUGACAACUUCUUUUUGGAAGGAUACAGUUUUAAUUAGUUUUCUGAUAAAUCAAAUAGCUUGGCUAUGUGUCUAGUAAUUAACAGCAGCCAUUCCUGUUCAAUAUCAAAUCCAUAGUUUUGUCAAAGAAAUAAUCUUAUUUCACAUGUGUAAUUUUUUCAGUUUGUAAUAUUUCCUGGAUUUGUAUUCAAUCUUGCUAGCUGGCUUAGGCAGUUAUGGAAACCCUUCCUAUUUAAAUAGAGAUUUUUUGAAUUAGACCUUGGGUCAAGAAAGAAAAAUAAAGUUUAAAUGCAGUUGCACUUCAGAGAGGGAAAUUAAUCCUCAGGAAAGCAAUUUUUUUUUGUUUCUAUGGAAGGAAGAUUUCAAAUAGGUUUUUAAUAUAUUUUUUCUUUCCCUCUAAAUUGUCUCUAGAAAUCAGAAACCUAAAUCAAGGAAGAAGCUUCUUUUGCAUUUUGGGUUUGCCUUUGUGAAAGCACAAAAUUGUUUCCCAUUUUGUUUUGAAUAUAAUUUAGAUCUAAAUAAAAUUUACAUGUUCAGUCAGAGAUAUAUCCUGUAGCAAAGGACUUGUAUAAAAAUUACCCUGUGUAUGUGUUUAGUUACAAUAAUGGUACUAAUCUGUUGGACAUUUUUUAUGUCAGAGAAGGUAGUAAGCUUUCCAUUGUUUCCUCUUUUUUUGCUUUAGGUGUAAUGUAGCAGCAGAAGUUAAAAAUGUAUGUGUUUUAUUGAGAACAGAGACUUAAAAUUGCUUAAAUCAAGGACCACUGCUGGUACUGCUUACAGUUACUCAGACCCUUUGGAAGCCUGUAAUACAUGUUCUCAGGAAAGGUUACUGGUGGCAGACACAGGCUUGUAGCAAAUUUAUGCUCGGGACCCAUUUAAUAUGCACAAACAGGUAAGAUGAAAAUGUGUUAAGAGGAAGAGCUUAGUUACCUGACUUCAGGUGCUAGGAAAGUCAAGUUACUACACACUGAGUCUAGAAGGCAGCCACAUGCCUUUCUUUGUGGCUCUACCUGUCAGCUUAUCUCCUUGUACCUGUGUGUGCAUGUAACCUCCACCUAUGGCCUGCAGUGGGACAGUUACUGUGGAGCUGGACCUGGUGAGGUGAAUUUGAGGUAAACCUUAUUACAGGUCUAGCUACUGAAAUAUUUUAUUGUUCUUUUGGGGAAUUAGGGUAGAGAAUGAAUCCCUAAAUGAGUUCAUUUUCAUCCCCACUGCUUAUACUCUUCCUUCUUGUUUCACUACCUGUGUUAAAGCCACUCUACAGAGAAUUUAUCACAAGGUGCCUUAGGAACAAACAGCAAGUCUGAAAUGAGAACCAUAGGUGUCAUUAACACAAGAGAUUUCUUCUUAUUUCUUGCCCAUUUAGGUAGGGGGUGGUACUUGCCAAGGUCAGGCAGGGAGGGCCUCUCUAGGCUGUUCCUGAAGAUCUGAUCUGUUCAUAGACCACCUUGUUGCUGUAAAAUGAGUAGUACAAUGGUAUUUGAAUUUCCUGGUGCCAUACAUUCUUUGCCUUCAUAUGCUGCUGUCAGAUGUCUAGGAACACCAGAGGACUACUCCUUUUGAUAUGCCGAUACUAAACCCAAGGACCAGAGGAACACUAGAUAGACAUAGAAAAGUGUUUCUUAUGGCCAUUCAUAAUUUUCUCUAAAAAGAGUGUUGAAAUCCAGAGUUGUGAGUGGUGUGUGUUAAUGCAUAUUGAGGGUGGAUGAGAGACCAAAGUACCAAGUUUUUUGCUUAGUUUUUUUUUUUUAUAUAUCUACAAGUGUAAAAGAAAAACUAUUUCUGCUUUUCUCAUAUCUGGGAAAAUAUUGGAUGUGAAAAGAUCAUGUAGAUGAAUGAGAACUUCACAACUGGCAGAAUGAAAAACUGGGAACUGAUUGUGUUAAAUACAUUGCUAAUUAGACUGUGAAAGACAGAAGUUUAGCAGGAGUCAAAGUGCUAAGGCAUUUAUCUAAAGAAGUUGAUCUGCAGUAAAUACCAAUUAAAUAAAGGUAAAAAAGGUACAUAAAAUAGCAGAGUUCAAAUGUAUAUUACAAGGAGGAGAGUGUUCUGGGGGGAUAGUCCACAUUUGCCUGGAGAGAGUCUCUGGCUACUUAUUCCAAAACUGUGGUGAUGUUGCAGCUGAAGGUGCAUCAGGCCAGGUGGAUGGUGGAUCUGAGUCACCUUGGCUUUUCUGGGUUCCAUUCUGGAUUUUACAUGUUGCUUUCUCAGAAUCAUCAUACAUUAAAUGUAGCCUUUACUGGGAAGGGAGAGAGGAAGGAUUUUCUGAUCCAUCAGUGAGGGUUAUCUGUUUUAAACCCAUCUGGACUGGUGAGUCAAGUCCCUUGGGCAAGAAGCAGGAUGCCAGCCACAAAAUUCAGAGCUAAGGAGACCUUGCCAAGUAAUGACCUUGACAUUUAGGAGCCAUGUUUGGAAAUGAUAAAUAGCUGGAGAUAGCUUCCCUGCAACCUCCAAGAUGCCCUGGGAACAGUUCUCCUCAGAGGGAAGCAAGCUGCUUUCCACUCACAGCUCCAAGCCAUUAGCACAUGCUUUCAAUGGGGAGCACCUUGUAGCUGGUCAUACCUUUUUCAGAGCUAUGUUCUUGUGAACUGUGAUGGUUGUUUGUCAGUCCUUACCUAUGUGAUGUGAAUAUUUUUGAUGCCCUGUGAUUUCAAAAUUGAGUUCUUGGUGCCAAAUGUUUGCUUUCCAUGUUCUCACCACGAGGUGAGUUUUAAAUAGAGAAGAGAAUAUUUUAACAAAAUGUGUCACUGAACUCUUUCUGAAGGGCACGUAUGAAGGCUAUAUUUAUAGUGUGCUUGCAUUCCUUCUACAAUUGGUUUGUAUUGUUUAUAUUUGAUGUGUUGUGGUUGAUUUGUAAUAAUCUAUUGGAAUUUACUCCCUUUAAAUAAACUUUUCACUAUGCAACCAA